CUAUUCCUCCCACUGACACCAAUGAUGGGGCACUAUUCCUCCCACUGACACCAAUGAUGGGGCACUAUUCCUCCCACUGACACCAAUGAUGGGGCACUAUUCCUCCCACUGACACCAAUGAUGGGGCACUAUUCCUCCCACUGACACCAAUGAUGGGGCGCUAUUCCUCCCACUGACACCAAUGAUGGGGCACUAUUCCUCCCACUGACACCAAUGAUGGGGCACUAUUCCUCCCACUGACACCAAUGAUGGGGCGCUAUAUUCCUCCCACUGACACCAAUGAUGGGGCGCUAUUCCUCCCACUGACACCAAUGAUGGGGCUCUAUUCCUCCCACUCAUCUAAUGUAUCUCCAGUCUAUGGCUCCCAGGCAGGACAACCCCCAAGGACACCCCCUGCUCACCGAUCA